GUAGUCUGAUUUGGGGCUGAGGGAGGGUGUACAACGCUUUGGGGAAAGCACACACGUGGUAUAGAGUUAGGCACAGUCUGUGAAUAAGGAGGGGAAAAGACUGCAGUGUGUGUUGACAGUCAACCGGAAGUUGGGGAGGUGAAGAUGGUAAACAAGGCGGGGUCGGGCAGACAGCUGAUAUAUCUGUCGUCUGUUCACAGUUGCUAGCUGGAGUCGUCGCCAUACCAGGAUACACACACGUCGCUUCCCCGCAAGAGCAGACUAACAAGAGAUGACAGGGCUAUCCGCCGUUGCCUUGUUGAUGAUAGGGGCGGUGUCAGUGACCUUUUCUGCCUACCUGCCGGACUAUUCACCAGGCAUUCGUGCAAGGCCCUGUAGAGAUCCAGUAAGUGGACAAACAUAUCAGGUGGGUGAGGUGUUCAAACCCCGCGAUCGCUGUGAAAGCUGGACGUGCAUUUCCUUCCGCAAUAAAACUAUGGUUGAAGUCGCCGGGUGUCCUCAGUAUAAGCGUGUUGGUUGUGAAUCGACACUUGUGAGAUUGGAGGUUGAUCGCGCCCUGUCAUUCCCAGAGUGCUGUCCUGAGUUUAUGUGUGGACCAGACUCUCAUUGACCGGACGGGAAGUGUCACCACUCUCGAAAGAACUUCAUCUCUUUCCCCAACACCCAUACAUCUACCCUUUUCAUCGAGAAUAAUAUCAUUAAUUUUUUUAUAUUUAUUUAUUUAUAUUAUUUUUUAUAUUUAUUUUUUAUAUAAUUUAUAUCAUUAAUGUUUGUCGCUUUGGGUUGUGCCUGUGGAUUUUCCUGCGUGCGCGUGAUUAUGCAUGGUGUGUGUGUGUGUCCUAGAGAGGGCUCAAAAGAAAUUGUACCUCUUUUAAAACAGGUUUAAGAAACUAAUAAAAUAAUACUAAUAAAAACAAACAAUUUUUCAGUUUUUAUGGUGACUGAUCAUGGUGAAAGCGGCGAUGAAGAUAGCGAGUAAAUGUUUUGUAUCGAUGCCCAGUCCACUCGUGCGUGCAUCGUCUAUUUAGGCUUUCUAGUAUGCGUUCACUACGGUAUGGAAAUGUUAUGCAGGAGUGGACAUUUUGUCACAACCCAACCGAAUUUACCAAUAAUCCUGGGCUGUGCAAACAUUAGCCUAUGGUGUGAGGAGUCGAGGCGGAAGUGGGGGUGUACGCUAUUGUUGCUGGGGGAAAUUCGUCUGAGAAAAUGUAAAGGGAGCGCUGGAAAGUGCAUUUCUCUUGACAAGUUAGUAAACUGAAUCAAUGGGGUUGCUUCUCCCUGCACAAUCACCUGUAAAGGCGAGCCCAGUGUUUGUAUAGGGAGUUACUCACUGCUAGACUCUCAACUGACGUGUCCAUGCUGGAUGGGUAGCGGUCAACCAGUGCUCCCAAAAAUGUCCAUGUGUAAUUGCGUAAUGUGAUUUGUGAAGACAUGCUAACCCCUGUAGGGGAGCGGUCUAGCAGUGUAGCGCUAAAACCCUCGUUUUCCAAAAUUGUCCUGGAUUCAGAUCUCACCUCAGGACACACGUAUUUCUAGCUAAAACCGGAUCGUUUGUCCUCACUGCUGUCAGGAUCUUGGCUGGGUUCAGGUCUUAUCAUGGCAUCAAUUUUUCUCUGAAUCUGAAGCCUGUUUUUCUUUUUCUAAGGCUGCCGUCGAGAGGAGAGGAGAAUUCCAGU